UUAGCAGACCUUGUGCUCCUCUUUCAUUUUUGCAUCCAAGAGGCACAGAGGACGCCGCAGAGAGAUUUGUGUGGGGGAAUACGAUCAUUCCGGGAGGGAGAAGGAUCAUGCAGAAUCCAAACUUCCAGGAGGGCUAUCCGGCUGAAAAGCAAGACCCCAGCAGUCCCCCCCCACCGUACUACCCUUCGGCUCCCGGGCUCCCAGAUACGGGACCAUACUACCCUCAGGCUCCUGGGCCCCCAGAUAUGGGACCAUACUACCCUCAGGCUCCUGGGCCUCCAUAUAUGGGACCAUACUACCCGUCGGCUCCUAGGCCCCCAGAUAUGGGACAAUACUACCCUUCGGCUCCUGGGCCCCCAGAUAUGGGACAAUACUACCCUUCGGCUCCUGGGCCCCCAGAUAUGGGACAAUACUACCCUUCGGCUCCUGGACCCCCAGCUCCGGGACCAUACUACCCUCCGGCUCCUGGGUCCUACCAACCGUACUACCCAACAGGACCCAUGCCUCCACCUCAACAGUCCCUCAUGGGCCAGCAGAGCACCAACGUGGUGGUGGUGAACCCUCAAUCGGUCAUGAUCCAGCCAAGACACAGCGACUACCUGUGCUGGUCCAUCUGCAACUUCCUGUGCUGCUGUUUUCCUCUGGGACUCGCUGCCAUUUGCUAUUCUUGCCAGACACGAAGUUAUGACGACAACAACAAUGCAGAGGCCGCCGCUUGCAGCUCCAAGACCGCCCUGGCCAUGAACAUCGCCGCUCUCGUUUUGGGAGUCGUUACGUACACUCUUAUUAUCACUGUGUUUUCUAAGGGGUAUCCUUAAACAAUACAAAACUUCAACCAGAGGGACCGCAUUUAUGUUGGAUCCUCAUCUGUCUAAUAGCGUUGGUUAUGAUCACAUGAUCGGCAUUGUUUGUUUUAUAUUGCUUCUGUUCCUUUUUUUCUUUUUAAUAAAUAUGUAUCUUGGUA